CCCGGAAGCGGCGGCGGGGAAGGAUGGACGACACGCUGUUCCAGCUGAAGUUCACAGCGAAACAGCUAGAGAAACUUGCCAAAAAAGCCGAGAAGGACUCCAAGGCCGAGCAAGCCAAAGUCAAAAAGGCCCUUCAGCAGAAGAAUGUGGAGUGUGCUCGUGUCUAUGCGGAGAAUGCCAUCCGCAAGAAGAACGAGGGGCUUAACUGGCUCCGCAUGUCCUCCCGGGUGGAUGCGGUGGCCUCCAAGGUCCAGACAGCAGUGACCAUGAAGGGGGUGACAAAAAAUAUGGCCCAGGUGACCAAGGCCUUGGACAAGGCUCUGAGUUCCAUGGACCUGCAGAAGGUGUCUGCAGUGAUGGAUAAAUUUGAGCAGCAGGUUCAGAAUCUGGAUGUUCACACAUCAGUCAUGGAGGACUCCAUGAGCUCAGCCACCACGCUGACCACGCCACAGGAGCAGGUAGACAGCCUCAUUGUCCAGAUUGCGGAGGAGAACGGGCUGGAGAUCAUGGACCAGCUCAACCAGCUCCCCGAGGGUGCUUCUGCGGUGGGGGAGAGCUCAGUGCGCUCCCAGGAAGACCAACUGUCACGGAGGUUGGCUGCCUUGCGGAAUUAAGGUCUCCUGUCGCCCCUCUGGACUGCUGCCCCUGCUGGGAUGGUGUGGGGCCGAUGGGCCCGGGACUCCUUCCCCACAGCCGCUGCCAUCCCCUGCUCCAGCAGCACAUCCCCAGCCCUGCCUGCGCUUG